UUGCUUAACCAAGGGGAUGCAGAGCCAGAUAGUGUGCAGUGGGUGUAGAAGCGUGUUGCUGUACCCGAGAGGUGCCACCAAUGUCUGCUGCGCUUUCUGCAAUGCCCUGACUCCCGUUCCCCCACCUCAACUCCCGCCUCCCGGAAUGGAUAUGGCUCAACUUAUAUGUGGAGGUUGCCGUACAUUGUUGAUGUACACACGUGGUGCCACGAGUGUGAGAUGCUCCUGUUGCCAUACUGUGAAUCUUGCACCUGUGUCUAAUGUUGCUCAUGUCAACUGUGGAAACUGCCGCACUACACUUAUGUAUCCAUAUGGUGCGCCGUCAGUUAAAUGUGCUGUUUGCCACUAUAUUACUAACGUGAAUAUGAGUAAUACUAGGGUUCCAAUUCCAAUGCACCAACCUAGUGGAACAGUAACACCACCAUUGAUGCCUUCUACUUCAUCUCAGGGAUUGGCGCAUUCUCAAAGUCAAACUGUAGUUGUUGAAAAUCCUAUGUCUGUUGACAAAAGCGGGAAACUGGUAAGCAAUGUUGUUGUUGGUGUCACCACUGAAAAAAAAUGACCAACAAAGGUGAUGGUCCAUCCCUCGCGGUAUCUUAAGGCUUAAGCAAAGGGAAGUUAUUUUCCUCAAGCUACAGUAAAUGGUAUAUAUAGAGUUGUGCAUAGGUGGAGGAAAUGGUCCAAUUGGCUUGGCAUAAUUGUGACACUAUGACUAUAAUUUUUUUAUGUGAGCGUGAUGUACAUUAAACAAUCCAAGUGUUGCUACUUUGAUGCCUGGUGUGGUUACAUUAUGGAUAUGACUUUUUGCAACUUGAAUAUACAUAUGUGGUAAAUAUGGGACUUGAUAUACAAUUUUGUA